AAAGGUAAUCAGGCUGGAGAGUUGUAGAUUGUUAUGCUUAUUUUCUCCAAAUGAAUGAAAUGAACCUUACACAUGGCGACAAAUUGUUAAAGGUAUCUCUUAAAGGUAGAUGUCUUGAUUGUUUGUGGAAUAUGUCAAUCAGAGGCGACUAAUAAGAAGUCAAAGGGUACCCAAGGUAUGAUCCAGCGUAGUCAGGAGACGGGAAUGGCAGUGGAAUUGCAGAGGAAUAUGAGCCGUCAACCCAGCCGAGAAUCCAACAAUGGCAGCAUGAAAAGCUACAACUUAGAGGGCAGUCCAAUCUUUCCAGCGGUUCGAGUUGAGACUCAGUUCAGUGACUUCCUGGAUGGAUUGGGCCCUGCUCAGCUAGUUGGUCGACAAACCCUAGCCACACCAGCAAUUGGUGACAUUCAGAUUGGCAUGGUAAAUAAGAAAGGCCAGCUUGAGGUGGAAGUGAUAAGAGCACGAGGUCUUAUCCAAAAACCAGGAUCCAAAUCACUCCCUGCUCCAUAUGUCAAAUUCUGUCUGCUACAAAAUGGGGGGUAUGUAGCAAAGAAGAAGACCAAAAUUGCACGCAAGACACUCGACCCACUGUACCAGCAAACUCUGCAGUUUGAAGAGAGCCCACAGGGUAAAGUGUUACAAGUCAUUGUCUGGGGAGAUUAUGGGCGAAUGGACCACAAAUCCUUCAUGGGAGUUGCACAGAUCCUACUAGAAGAGCUGGACCUCUCCAGCAACGUGAUUGGCUGGUACAAACUUUUCCCACCUUCUUCUCUAGUCGACCCAACUCUUGCCUCUCUAACUCGACGUGCUUCACAGACAUCCCUAGAUGGUUCGACGGCACCAGCAGCUGUUAGAUCGUUGUUGACUCGCAUAUAAAGCACAAUCAAUACUAGCUGAGACAGCAGGACAACAAUAAGAGCCAGGCAGAAAAUGCGAUGAAAUAAA